UUUGGCGAGCGCUCGUUUUUUCUCUUGUUUUGUAACAAUUGAAUGUCAUGGUACACCCAUUCUAGACCCCUGAGCCGGGUGCCAAACCUCGUGGGUUCGAUUCGAAAGCAAAAUGCUACGCACUGCCGGCGUUGAUGCCGGAGCAAAAGCGAGGCCCACGCUGCCACCUCGCAACCUACUGCAUGGCAGGUCGCAUCGCAGCAGUCGGCACGUCCGUGCGGCUGCAAGCAACGUCCCCGACCUCUUUCCAGCCUCAACAAACUCAUGGCACGGUGUACUGGUCGCUGCAACCGCUGCUGCGCUGUUGGCGGGGCCGGCGGGGGCAACGACGGCUGACCUGGCAGGCAAUGGUGCGGCCUCAGCGACCAUGAUGGUCGCAUCUGCGCAGGCGCCCGCAACGCAGGCAACCGCCGCUUUGUAUCAGGCCCCUCUGCCACUGCCAUUGUCGCUCACGGCGCCAGAGCUGUCGACUUCAGCCGCUCAGGCGCCGACCAUUAAGAAGAAGCUAUCCAUUCCUAUCGCCUAUAACCCUCCGGUCGUGGAAGCCCCUGGUACCAACUCCGGCAUUGCCUACACGGCCGCCGCGGAACCCAGCAGCACAAGCGAAAGCGCCGGCGGUUUCUUCGGGAGCCUUUUCUCGCGCCGCGCCGCGACCGUUGGUGGGUCUGUUGAGCUGUCCGCCCCAGCACCGCGGGCCGCAGUGUUAACAGCGGCGGCGCCAGCGGAGCCUGUCGCUUCGGUGGCGGUGGCGCAGUCACAGCCGCAGAGCAAGCCGGCGGCGGCACCGGCGGCUGGGCGCGACGGCGGCGCGGGGAAGCGCACUGCCGAGAACGAGGAGGAAGACAAGGGCCCCAGCGCGUUUGACCAGGUUGUGUGGGCGCUGGAGAAGGCUGCGCUAGUGACGGUUGGCGGCGUGGCGGGCGUGGCAGUGGUGCGCAUCCUGGCGCCCGGGGGGCCCAAACCCAUCAACGUGGACGCGGCGGCAGCGGUUGCGGCUCGUGGGGGCAGCAGCAGCGGCAGUAGCAGCAGUGGUGGCAGUGGCGGGCCGCCGCGCAAGCCCGUGGCGGUCUCUAUCCCCGCGUCGCAGCCGGUGGUGACAGCGGAGUCAGCGGCGCCGCCUCCGCUCGCCGCGCCGCCGCAGUUCUCGGGGCCGGCGGCCGCGUAUGACAGCCGCGGCUAUCCCUACGCGCCGCAAGGGUCGCGCGCGCAGUGGGAGGCCGCGACUGCGCAGCAGCAGCAACCACAACAGGGGAGCCAGGGGCAGGGGCAGCCGCCGCGCGCCGCCAGUGUUAACCGCCGGUUCGCGCAGCCGCCCAACCGCUGGCCAAUGGGCCCGGCGGGCGCCGCCGGCCCCUCGGGCGCCGGCGCGCCGCCGGCAUAUGACCCCGCAACCGCCGAGUACGACCCAACGGCGGCGGCGUACUACGGCGUUCCGCCGCCCUCGUGGUGGACGAACCGCUACCCGGAAUCGUACGAUCCGUACGGGCCGUAUCCGCCGCCGCCGUACGGCCCCUCGCCGCCGCCGCCGCCGUACGGGCCCCGCGGGUACGGCCCCUGGGACGAGUCGACCGCCGCCGCCGCGGCCGCCGCUGACCCAGAGGCCUACCAGGCCGCCGCUGCCGCCUACUGGGCCUGGCGCACCGCAGCCGCCGACCCCCGGCGGGCGCAGUACGAGGUGUACGGCAUGCCGCCACCCGUGCCGCCGCCGCCGGGCUACGGCCCCGCGUUCCCUGAUGCUGGCCCUGUGGCGGCGCAGCAGGGCCGGCUGCAGGGCCAGCAGCAAGGCAGCGGCGCGGCUGCUGGCGGGGGCAAGCGUGUCAAGCUGGGGCGCAACCCCUGGAAGGAUGGGGGCAGGCGGGGACAGCAGCAGGCUCCUGAGGCGCAGCCGCCUGCGGUGGCGGCGUCAGCCGCCGCCGCUGCGGCUGGCCCCUCCGCGGCCACUUCGGCGGCGGCGGCGGAGCUGGCUGACAUGGACGCUCAGCUGGCGUCGCUGCAGUCGCAGAUUGCUGCGCUGCAGGCUGGUGGCGGCGGCGUGACGGACCGGGAGCUGCCGCCGGGCCGUCGGAAGGCACGUGCCACGCCAGACUGGCGGGCGCAGCUGUCGGCGGAGCAGGAGGGCGGCGGCGGCGGCUCAGGCGGGAGCGGCUCCUCGGGUGCGGAGGAGUCGGAGGAGGAGACUGAGGCGCGGCGGCUGCGAGAGUGGCGGCAGGCGGACGAGCGGGAGGACUGGGCGGCGCGGCAGCGCCAGCCGCCGCUGCCGUCGCAGCCGCAGGCGCCGCCAGUUCAGCGGAGCUCCGGGGCUGCGGCGGCGGGAGCGGCGGGGGCUGACGGCGGCAAGCGCGUGAGCGUGUCGCCGCAAGCGGACGCUGAGUUUGAGCGGCUGUUGGCGAUGUGGCAGGAGGCGCAUCCCGAGGACACGGACCUGGGGCUGCCGCUAGAGGAGCCGGCGCUGGGGGCGGGCGCGGCGGUGGCAGGUCCGCCGGAGGAGUGGCCAAAGCAGCCGGCCCCGGCCCGGGGGCUGGGCGUGUCUGCCUGGGACCGGGAGCAGCGGGAGCCGCAGCCAGGGCCGGCGCAGCGCGGGGUGGCGGAGCAGGCUGUGCCGCACCCGCCGGAGGUGCGGCACAGUGCGGUCGCAGACGCCGUGCAGGAGGAGAACCCCGACCCCUGGGGCACGCAGCGCGUGCGGGCCCAGCCCCAGGCGCAGGCCCAGCCCCAGGCGCAGGCGCAACGCCAGGCCCAUCAGGAGCAGCCCAGCAAGGCGGCGGCUGACGGCAGCCCCGUGGGCUGGUUUACUCGCAUCUUCUCGGGCUUUGGCGGCGGCGGCAAGCAGCAGCAGCAGGCACAACAGGCGCAGCAGGCGCCAGCUGCUAGCACGUCGCAGCCGACACAGCAGCCGUCGCCAUGGGACCAGGAGCCCCCAGCGGGGUCGAUGGCUUCGAGGCAGGGUGAGCGGGACGCGGCGGCGGCGGCGCUGGCGGCGGCGGAGCUGCAGGAGCAGGACCUGCAGCGGCAGCUGGCGGCACUGCAGGCGGAGGCGGGUGCGGCGCAGGCGUCCGCUGAGGCGGCGGCGGCGGAGCGGGAGCAGACUGCAACAGGUGCGGCGCUGGCGGAGGCAGUGGCGGAGGCGCCGCGUUCCGCCGCGCGUGCCUCCUGGCGGCAGGAGCUUGACCAGCAGGUGGGCUCCGCCGCCUCCGGCAGCAGCAACACCAACAUGGAUGGUGACCUGUAUGCUGUGUCGCCGACGUCGGCACCCGAAGAGGCGGCGGCAGCGGCGGUAUCGGUCGCGUCCACGACGGGCAGCGGAGAUGCAUCGUCUGUAACUGCUGCCCCAGCGGCAGCAGCUGACUCCGCCGCAGCGGCGCCUGCGCCGCCGCCGCUGCCUCGGGUGUCGCCGCAGCGGCGCGAGGAAAUUAAACAGCUGAAGGCCACGAGCGCGGCGGCGGCGGAGCGUGCGGCGGAGACGCUGGCUCGCAUUCGUGCCAUGCGUGCCGGCAACAAGCGCGGCGGCGGCGUGCCGUCACCAGCAGGCAGCCCCUCCGGUACCUCAAGCGUCAGCGUCAAGGGCCGCCGCCCCGGCAGUGAUGGCGACGGUGACGAGGAUGCAGGUGGCGAUGGGGGCCACAGUAACGGGAACGGCAUUGGCGCAGAAGGCGCGAAGCGCGCCGGUGGCAACUGGCGAGAGACGGCCGACGUGUAGUGGGGCGGCUGGAUGCACGUUUGCCACGUGCUCGUGUACGGUAGGGAAGCGGUGCGCGGUCAGUUGCGCAUGAGCGGUAAGCUGAAGCAAUGUGAUUUCUAGUGAGUUGCAAUUUUGUCAAGAGCUGGCAACCCGGCUAAGGCCGCUGUGGCCCAACCCCUGCCGCAAGGGCGGGUGCCGGGGUGAACUCGUGGGGUGCAAUGAGGCAGGCACGAAGAGAGACGUGAGAUUUGGAAAGGCCGAAGCUGCCUUUCAGAUUCGUAUAUGCUCUUGGAGCAGCAGGCACGCAGGCGUGAGCUGCGGCAGGAGGGCGGCGCCAUUUCGUUGUGUUGGGAAGGCAUGAUAGCGGCUACUUGAUCAGUGCUGGGAGGCGGGUUUCCGCAUGCGUUGCGACUUCGGGCCAGGGCCACGGGGCCGUUUACACCGGACACACGAGUCUGCAGGAGUUCGGGCUGCUGUUGGGUCCAAGCUUACUGAGUGCGCCGGGUGCGGUGCAUUGGACGAGGUUGAAAUUGCUGGUUAUUGGGGACAGGUAGGCGUACUAUACCGGUAGUGCUUUCUGGUGUGGGGAAAAUGAAGGUGAGGGCCGACAGAGGAUGAAGACGGCCGGUUGGUCAAUAGCGCCAUGUCAAGUGAAGGCUGUGAAGCCACGGGGGCGCUGGCAUGUAACACACUUGC